AGGUCAGAUAUAUGUAUGUACCUGCUGCAGCUAGAACCAUCAUCGGUGGAUAAACUCGCAAUGGACUACUUCAACUGACAGUGAGAUUAAGAGAAAGUAUACACACAAAAAUGGCGACCAUUUCAACUCCACUCUCCCAUAACACUUUAGCCUUACGACAAUUAUUAACGAAACGCCAUGGUUGUCCUCUUCAUCAACUCCCUUUACCUAUCAGAAUCAGCUGUUCUUCUGCAGCUAGCAAAUGUGUUUCCAAGGAAAGCUCAUCUCCCUUUAAGGAACUGAGGACUGUAGCUUGUGGCCUUCUCGCUGUAUACGCUUUUGCUACUGCCUCACCUGUAAUUGCUGCAAAUCAGAGGCUUCCUCCACUGUCAACAGAAGCCAACCGAUGUGAGCGUGCAUUUGUUGGUAAUACAAUAGGUCAGGCAAAUGGUGUAUAUGAUAAGCCGCUUGAUCUACGCUUCUGUGAUUACACUAAUGAUAAAUCCAACCUGAAGGGAAAGUCUCUUGCAGCAGCACUUAUGUCUGGUGCUAAGUUUGAUGGUGCAGACAUGUCAGAAGCCGUGAUGUCAAAGGCUUAUGCUGUGGGAGCUAGCUUCAAGGGUACAAACUUCUCAAAUGCUGUUUUAGAUCGAGUUAAUUUUCAAAAAGCCAAUCUCCAAGGUGCUGUGUUUAAGAACACUGUGUUAUCUGGUUCCACUUUUGAUAAUGCUCAGUUGGAAGAUGCAGUUUUUGAAGAUACCAUUAUCGGUUACAUUGAUCUUCAGAAGCUAUGUACAAAUACAACUAUCAGUGCUGAAGGAAGAGUUGAUUUGGGUUGUCGAUGACUGCAUGCAGCUUAUUCUCUUAUUUGUGUUUCUUUCUAUCUUGUUGAUUUUGUUAAAAGGUUAAUGAACAAAUAAAUCAUGUAUGUCUGAUAAAUCUUCACCGUUUCGUACGUAUUUGCAACUAUUGACAAUUGGUGAACCAAACACUGUUCAUUAGAAAGUAUUGUUCUCCAUUGCUUGAAACCUAUUGGUCUAUAUAUGAGCUAUUGCUUGACAAAGUUAGUUUCUGAAGAAUCGGAGACAACUCGCAUGUUAACCUCAAUCAUUUGAAGCUUCCAACAACAAACUUUUCCAUUAUGUUUAGUAAAAAAUAGACAAUGCGCUACAAGCAAACGAGCGCAUUUGGUGUAGUGGUAUCAUAGUACCCUCCCACGGUACUGACCGGGGUUCGAUUCCCCGGAUGCGCAUUUUUGGUUUUCCCUUGGCUACCAAUUGAUCUUACUAAGAGUAUAAUUUUUUUGCAGGGACGGGGUUAAGGAUAACGCUAAGUUAUAAUGGUAGGUGGGAGCAAAACCAUAGUUGCGACUUGCGCCCACA